CCUGGCCGGCCCGAAAUGGCGGCGGCGGCCUUGACCCGUGAGGGUGGGGAGGAUGCGUUCCGUCGGCUCUUUCGUUUCUAUCGGAAGCGCGACGCGUCCGACCUGCGGGGCGUGGUGGACUUCUCCGCGCCGGGGGACCAGGUGUUCAGAUCGCAGCUCAGUAUUUCUGCAGUCAGUGAUCAAGAUGCCUACAGAGCAGGAUUACAGCCAGUUAGCCAGUGGAAAGCGUAUGGCCUCAAUGGGUAUCCAGGGUUUAUUUUCAUACCAAAUCCUUUCCUUCCGGGCUGCCAGCGUCACUGGGUGAAGCAGUGUCUCAAGCUAUACCCUGAGAAACCCAAUGUCUGCAACCUGGAUCUGCACAUGGCUCCUGAGAAGACCACUGACCUGUGGGGACAGAGCAAGGAGCAGCUGAGAAGGAAAGGUUCCAGUAAAUGGGAGCCCAGGAGCCUGUUGGAGAAGCUGCGCUGGGUGACCCUUGGUUACCAUUAUAACUGGGAUACUAAGAAGUACUCGGCAAAUCACCACACUCCUUUCCCCUCAGACCUUGCAUUCCUAUCAGAACAAGUGGCUGCAGCCUGUGGCUUUCAGGGUUUCCAAGCCCAAGCAGGGAUCUUGAACUACUAUCAUUUUGACUCUUCACUGGGAAUUCAUGUGGAUCAGUCUGAACUAGACCAUUCUCGGCCCCUGUUAUCAUUCAGUUUUGGGCAAUCCUCAAUAUUUUUGCUUGGGGGCCUGAAGCGGGAGGAGGCCCCGACAGCAAUGUUCAUGCACAGUGGAGAUAUCAUGGUGAUGUCUGGCUUCAGUCGCCUGCUGUACCACGCUGUCCCCCGGGUCCUCCCCAACCCUGAGGGGACAGCUCUGCCUUCAUGCCUCGACCAAGCUCUUCCUUCAGACCUUCCUGUUGGCUCAGUCAUUGAGCACAGCUCUGAUGAGGAUUGGCAAGUGUGUGCCAAGUACCUGCAGUCCUCCCGCAUCAACAUGACUAUUCGACAGGUGCUGGCUGAGGGUCAGAAAUUUCCAGAGGAAUCUGGGACAAAUGGAAAGGGCCAAGCAACCUCUGAAGAGAGUUAUCAUGAGAACAGUAAAGCCAAAAGACAUAAACCAAACACAGUGAGCUGAGACCAGGAGAUCAUACUGAAAUGGACUGGACAGGCGAUCUCCCUAUGGAAUUAGGAACUGGUGUAAUACUGGAAGUCACUUGUCUGUAUUGCAGUUAAUAAACUUGUGGAGAAUAAACAUAGUCCUUCUUGCCAUCAUAAAUAGAUUGGAGGAGAAAAAGAAUUUAAAAGGAAAAGAAGGAUAAGUUCCAGACUAGAACUCGGGAGAUUAACUCUAUUGGCAUUUUGUUGCAAAUGUUUACUAUACUCUGUUUCCUUUAAAAUAACUGUAUGUCAGAGAAUUUUAAGCUUGGUUAAGCUUAAAUGGUUUAAGCUUUUGGUGAAGUUCGGUUUAAGCUUUAGGAGUGAUGCUUACAAGGUAUUUUGAAAUCAUUGGGCAGAGAGUAUUAGUAAAAGAUACAUAAUUGCUAUGUAACAGAGAAUGCUGUUUGGCUUGUAAAGCUUAGCUGAAGCUCAGCUGAAGCAAAGUAACAAGUGUGAAUGACAAUGGGCUGCUGUGGGUGUGAGACCUACCUGCAACAUUUUCAAGGUAAUUAUUUCUACAGCAAAAAUGCGCUCAGUGGUCAGAAGCUGGCAGCUCCCUCAAGCAACAUCUGCUGUGAGCUUGCUGUAGUCCUGUACUCUCCGUUUGCCUUCUUGCAUCCCCUCAGCUGCAGCAGAAUCUGCUUUAAUGAAUGGUACUGAACAUCUUAGAUUAUAGAGAGAAACAGUUGUGAGUGAUAUCUACUUAGAAUAUCUAGUAGCUCCCAACUGGAUCUCCUCCCAGCAGUAAGUAUGUGACUGAGCCAAACAUCUCCAUUCUUUCAGAACUGCCCUCUCCUAAGUGCCUGUGUGUUACGGUUCUCCAGUCCCAAGCUAGUAUCUGUAAGGAACAGGAUAACUUGCAAAUAAAAGCAAUGAAGCUGUAAAUUAAGUACCUAAAAAAUUAAUCAUGACUAUCUCUGUCACCCAAAGAUAAAUAUGAUGAAACAAAGAAAAGCACUAGCUUUUGUUCUAGUUCUUUUUAAGAUUCAGACCUUCCUAUCUACCUUUUAAUGCAAUUUUAAUUGUUGGAGUGGAAUGCACUAUCCCUGGGGUAUUUUGUUGCACUUUCCCAAUGAAUAAACUUACUUGGUUUUUAAAUUAAAGAUCUCUAUCAGUUUU